UUUUCUGUUGCCUUUUCUUCUCUGUUCAAAGAUCAAUGUCAUUGUGCUUUCCCAUCUCCAUUAUACAGAAUAAAUCAGCCACAACAUGGACACUGCCAAGAAGUCUGAUCCCCCAGUGUCAGUUGAAACAGUACAACAGAAGACCAACCCUGAACGCAGCCCCAUAACCUCAAUUUAUGUACCAGAGCAAGGCGGUUACAAAGAGAAGUUUGUGAAUGCCGUGGAGGACAAAUACAAGUGUGAAAAGUGCCAUCUCAUCUUGUGCAAUCCAAGACAGACGGAAUGUGGACAUCGAUACUGCGAGACUUGUAUGGGUGCCGUAUUAAGUUCUGCAACUCCAAAAUGCGCAGCGUGUCAAGAAAUAAUAGCGAAAGAGAAGGUGUUUAAAGAUAAUUGCUGUAGGAGGGAGCUUCUUGCUCUUCAGAUAUUUUGCAGAAAUGAAAACAAAGGCUGCCGGGAACAAUUGGCCUUGGGACAGUUGCUUAACCAUCUGAGAAAAGAUUGUCUUUUUGAAGAACUUCCGUGCCCUCGUGUUGAUUGUAAAGAGAAAAUUCUGAGAAAAGACUUGCCUGAUCAUGCAGAAAAGACCUGUAAAUACCGGGAAACAACAUGUAAAUAUUGUAAUAGCCAAGUUCCAAUGAUUAUGAUACAGAAACAUGAAGAUGCCGACUGUCCUUGUGUUAUGGUUACGUGUCCUCAUAAAUGCAGUGUUUCUGCACUUCUGAGAAAGGAGUUGAAUGCACAUUUGUCAGAAUGUAUUAAUGCCCCAAGUACCUGUAGUUUUAAGCGUUAUGGCUGCAUUUUUCAGGGAACAAAUCAGCAAGUGAAAGCACAUGAAGCCACCUCUGCAGUGCAGCAUGUAGACUUAUUGAAAGAGUGGAGUAAUUGUCUAGAAAACAAGGUGGCCAUGCUCCAGAAUGAAAGUUUGGAAAAGAACAAGAGCAUACAAACUUUACAUAAUCAAAUUUGUACCUUCGAAAUAGAAAUUGAGAGACAAAAGGAAAUGCUUCGGAGUAAUGAAUCUAAAAUACAUCAGUUACAGCGGGUGAUAGACAACCAAGCCGAGAAGCUGAAAGAACUGGACAAAGAGAUCCGUCCCUUCCGACAGAAUUGGGAAGAAGCAGAUAGUAUGAAGAGUAGCGUCGAGUCCCUCCAGAACAGAGUGACUGAGCUGGAAAGCGUUGAUAAGACUACCGGGCAAGGAGCUAGAAAUACGGGUUUGCUAGAAUCGCAGCUAUCUAGGCAUGAUCAAAUGCUGAGUGUUCAUGACAUCCGGCUAGCCGACAUGGAUCUCCGGUUUCAAGUUUUGGAAACUGCCAGUUACAAUGGAAUAUUAAUCUGGAAAAUCCGAGAUUACAAACGUCGGAAGCAAGAGGCAGUCAUGGGGAAGACUUUGUCCUUAUACAGUCAACCUUUUUAUACGGGAUACUUUGGCUAUAAGAUGUGUGCCAGAGUUUACCUCAAUGGUGAUGGGAUGGGCAAAGGGACGCACCUGUCCUUGUUUUUUGUCAUAAUGCGGGGGGAAUACGACGCGUUACUCCCGUGGCCGUUCAAGCAGAAAGUCACCCUUAUGCUCAUGGAUCAAGGACCUUCUCGACGUCAUUUAGGAGAUGCUUUCAAACCAGACCCAAACAGCAGUAGUUUCAAGAAGCCCACUGGAGAAAUGAAUAUUGCUUCUGGCUGCCCGGUCUUUGUUGCGCAGACUAUUCUAGAAAAUGGAACCUAUAUUAAAGAUGAUACUAUUUUUAUUAAAGUCAUAGUGGAUACAUCGGAUCUCCCAGACCCCUGACGUAUAGCACUGUGGCCAAUCCAGCAGAAGACAACUCCCAUUGGGGGCUCUUUUUUAUAUCAGUCUGUCUUCAAUAAGAGGUCCCUAACGCUCAGAGGGACCCCCAUGUGUUAACGGAAGGAAGAGAUUGGAGGCAUCACUUGCAUAGGGUCCAAUAGCAAACCGUAGCAAACCCAUUAAAGAAAUCAUACCAUGGUAUAUUUUCUAACUAAAACUCAGUAGGAACACUUCCAAGUUGUGACUUGAUCUUCAUGAGGAUAAAGAUUACAUCAGAAAAGCUUUUCUUAACGUAUUGGUAAUCUAAUCAGUUGGAAAAAAAGACAGAAACACCAGACUUUUCUUCCUUUUUGACUAGAAAACAAAAGCCGAAGUUUGUAUGUGGGUUAGCUAGAAACUGUCAGCAUGUUAAGUAAAAAACAAAAAACAAGAAGAAGAAAUUAUGAAGUAAUGUUGCAGUUAAGAUAUUAUUACUUUGAAAAUCUAAGUGCAAUCUUGUCUGAAAUAUAGUAUACUGUCUAUUUUUAAGGCCUCAUCUGGUCUCUGUUUUAAAAUAAUUACUUUGUCAGAAGACCUUGACAGGCUGUCCAGAUCUUCUUGAAAAUGUCUAAAUCAGAGUCAUAUUUUUGUUUAGAGUUCUAUUAAUUGCUACAGAAAAAAAACAUUUUAUUUUAAAACAGUUGAUAGACUGAUAUUUCUUGGAAGAAAAAAAAAGAUCAAAUACAGGUUAUCACUUGUGAUAUGAAAAAAGAAACUAUUCAACUACUGCUGUUAUUUCUCUUUAGAAAUGUAAACCUACAAUAUAUGUCGUAGUUAAUGACACUAUUUCAAAAUUAAGGAAAAAUAAUCACUCAUGGAUGCUGUGCAUUCAUUAUCAGAUUUAUAAUUUUCACCCUAAAAUAGGGCAUUUGUUGAACUUUGGAGUUCUAAAUGGAAUCCUGUAUGUUUUUAAAGUUCUGCCUCAUGCGCUCAGACCAAGCUCUAUAAAGUGUAUAUAUAUAUAAUAUCUAUUUUUUGCUAAAGCAUAAAUGUGCAACUUAUUUUUGGUGUUU